AUGUCAGAACAACGCAACAUUGUCAUUGUUGGCGCAUCGGGCGCGGGCAUACAGGCAACCCAUUACAUCCUGAAGCACAUUCUACCAGCUCUCAAGGCAAAGAAUGACGCCAAGUAUCAUGUCUACAACAUCUCGCCAUCUUCACAGUGGUACUUCAGGGUUGCCUCUCCACGAGUGGCAGCUUCUACCGAGCGCAUGUCGACCGACAAGGUCCUCUUCGAUCUGCAUGAGGGCUUCAAGCAAUACUCCAAAGACGACUUUACUUUCAUCGAAGCCUCUGCUACGGGUCUAGAGCCAUCAUCGCGGCGCCUCCUAUUUUGCAGCAACAAGGGACAAGAAGACGAAUCAUUGACGUAUCAUGCACUCGUCGUGGCAACUGGAAGCAAGACUUAUUUCCAAGCUUUCUCGAUGAGCGCCGAUGCUCAAAGUACCCUGAACGCGAUUAGCUCGGCAAAUGAGCAAAUCGCAUCGGCGAAGAAGAUUGUUAUCGUUGGUGGAGGCGCGACAGGCGUAGAAUUUGCGGGCGAAGUUGCUGAGCAUCGCAACGGCAAGCCAGGAUGGUUCAGCAAGGUGCAGCCAAAAGUUGACGUUACCCUGAUCACAUCGGACAAGCAGCUUCUCCCCGGUCUCCGGCCUGCAAUCGCCAAAGUUGCAGAGCAGAAACUCAAAGCGCUCGGGGUGGAGAUCGUCUACAACACGCGAGUGGUCGAUUCAACGCAGACAAAAGAUGGUCGCACGACGCUGACCCUCAAGGACGGUGACAAGCUUGAGGCAGACCUCUACGUUCCCGCUUACGGCGUUCAACCAAACUCGUCGUGGCUGCCAGAUCAAUUGCUCAAUGAGAAGGGCUACCUCGUAACGAACGAUUCCACCCUUCGCGUCGACAUCGCAGGCCCCCGCGUCUACGGCUUCGGCGACAUCGCAUCAUAUUCGCGCAACAACUACUGGGAUAUUAACCUGGCUCUACCUACCCUAGUCACCAACAUCAAGCGCGACCUGUUCUCUUACAACCCCAUGCUUCCAGAGGCGAAACCCAAGGGCAAGGACAGAGUGUACACGGCUAACACGACGGAGUCUAUGGUUGUCCCCAUCGGUAGCGGAGGCGGCGUUGGUGCCGUAUUUGGAUGGAAGGUACCUUCAUUCUUCGUGUGGAUUCUGAAGGGGAGGGAUUACAUGUUGGGUAUGAGUGGGCUGCCGACGCUGAAUGGGGACAAGGUCAAGAAGGAGGUCAAGUGGACGAAGGAGGAGGCUGCGAUCUGA